CUCGGGGUUCGGCGCAGCCAUGGAGAACGGAGGGCGGCCCUCGCUGGGCCAGUUCAUCCUCCUGGGCACCAGCUCCGUCGUCACCGCCGUCCUGUACUCCGUGUACCGGCAGAAGGCCCAGGUCGCCCAAGAGCUCAAGAAUAUAUGUGACACCCCGUUCUGCAGAUGGUGGAGGGAGGCAGGGCCCCAUGCCUGUUUGUAUGAUGAAACUUCUCAGACACAGCUUUGGAGUCUGAAUCUACUAUAGUCUCCUUCCAGCCUGAUUUCCUCAUUCUUUCAACAUGAAAAAAGGAGCUAAAAGGAUCCACUUGGGUGAAGACUUAAAGAGUAUCCUUUCAGAAGCUCCAGGAAAAUGUGUGCCUUACGCUGUUAUUGAAGGAGCUGUCCGGUCUGUUAAAGAAACGCUCAACAGCCAGUUUGUGGAAAAUUGCAAGGGGGUGAUUCAGCGGCUGACGCUUCAGGAGCACAAGAUGGUGUGGAACCGAACAACCCACCUCUGGAAUGACUAUUCAAAGAUCAUUCACCAGAGGACCAACACGGUGCCCUUUGACCUGGUCCCCCACGAGGAGGGCGUGGGUGUGGCCGUGCGGGUGCUGAAGCCGCUGGACUCCGUGGAUCUGGGCCUGGAGACUGUGUAUGAGAAGUUCCACCCCUCGAUUCAGUCCUUCACUGAUGCCAUCGGCCACUACAUCAGCGGGGAGCGGCCCAAGGGCGUCCAGGAGACCGAGGAGAUGCUGAAGGUUGGGGCCACCCUCACGGGGGUCGGUGAACUGGUCCUGGACAACAACUCGGUCCGCCUGCAGCCCCCCAAGCAGGGCAUGCAGUACUACCUGAGCAGCCAGGACUUCGACAGCCUGCUGCAGAGGCAGGAGUCGAGCGUCAGGCUCUGGAAGGUCCUGACGCUGGUGUUUGGCUUUGCUGCGUGCGCGGCCCUCUUCUUCAUCCUCCGGAAGCAGUACCUGCAGUGGCAGGAGCGCCUGCGCCUCAAGCAGAUGGAGAAGGAGUUCCGGGAGCACGAGGCGCAGCUGCUGAGCCAAGCCAAGCCCGAGGACAGGGAGAGUCUGAAGAGCACCUGUGUCGUGUGUCUGAGCAACUUCAAGUCUUGCGUGUUCCUGGAGUGUGGGCACGUGUGUGCCUGCACCGAGUGCUACCAGGCGUUGCCAGAGCCCAAGAAGUGCCCCAUCUGCCGGCAGGAGAUCACCCGGGUGAUUCCCUUGUACAACAGCUGACAGUCUCGAAGCCCCACGGUUACACAUGAAAGGAAGCUCUCCCCUUUCAGGGGUUUUAUCUCAAGGCCUUACAAGAGUAUGGGGGGGGGGGGGAGGG